UCUUUUUUUACCUUGGAAACUUUCACCCAACGAACCUUUGAUUUCUCUAAUGCUUUUGAUAGAAAAGUGGCUGGUGAUAUUGGCAAUGAACUCAUCAUUGGAGAUGGCUUCAAUUUAGGGAGGGAGAGAGAUUGGUUCGGUAAAGGGUUUAAUUGGUCGAGAUUCAAGCUUUCACCUAUUAGGAGCAAACGGGAAAGGCUAUUUGCUAGAGGGAUUAAGCCCGAGAACACAGAGAUUGUAAGCAGCGGUAUUUGUGGCGCAGAUGGAAUACAAAAAGAUGAAUCUCAUGGAAGCAUGGAUGAGGGAUGUUGUCUGGAAAUGUACACGACCACUAAUUUACUUCAAAUCCUGUUUCAGUUCAUUCGAAGACAAUCUCAAUCCAAGUAUAGGGGAACCCCUUUGAAGAUUGAAAGUCCAAGGAUCAAUUGCGUUCGUCGCCCGUCGGCCGGGUAUGGCUCGUCAAUUUCGCCCGCCGUCGAAGGCAAAGCCGAU